GGGAUGUUUUAAGAUAAAUAACUCUUUGUUUGCUAUAUUGUCCAUAUCCCUGGCUGCAGCUCCAGGGAUGCAUUGCUGGCUUGCCUGGAGUAUCCAUCUCUAUCCAUUAACAUUCCUUAGCCUAAAGGAUACAUUAAAUGCCAGCAGCCUGUGCAGGAUGCUGUUAUGUCAGCAGUGUGAAGGGUUAAGUUGGUGUUCUGGGGAAAUGAAAUAGCUGUGACAUUUUUUUGUGUGCAGCUGAUGGCUGUGGACCUGUCAGAUUGCUCAUUCCUGGGAAGCAAACAGGUUAGGGAAAGACUUAGCAAAUGUUUAUUUGAACUCCAAUUCAUACAUUUUAAUGCACACCCACAGAUACUUCAUGUGACUUGAAGCUGAAAGUAAUUCUUGUCACUCUGCUUUAAUUCAGUCAUCUGGGAUUCUAAAGAAAAUUUCUGGGGUUGAGGAGGUCAAUGUUAUGAGUUGCUUGGAUUUGGCAAACAAAAUGCAGUGGGUUUGGAGCCACCUGUGAGGUUUUCUCCAGUGCUACAUCUUCUGUGUAAUAGCCUAUGUCUGUAGCUUUGAAAGCAUUUUAGAGGAUGGUUUUCCCUUAGACAUCUUGGCUACUUUUAAUAACUGAAAGUGUCUUCAGGUGUCACCUCAGGAACUUGAGGACGAUGGGACCUGUGCUUCUUUGGUUAGCUGCCCAACCUUCAUCCCUUCUUCUUGACCCUGGCUUGAUGGUUGAGUUUCUUUGUAUGUGAGGCUUUCCUAAUAGGGGAGCUUCAGUAACUGCUCACAUUGUUUGCCUGUUCUUUUUUAUGCUCAGUAGCUGCUUUCUGAGUUGCAGUAGUGUGAUCUUUGGGCUUACUUGUUUGGUGUCUCUUUUCCUGCCACCUCUGAAAUGGCUUUAACCUGACCAGUGCUUCGAUUCUGUUAGGUGUUACAUACGUUUCUUUUUGAAGAUAAUCUUGUGUAUGCUUACUAUGUGACAUGGGGCUUUAAAUCAAUAGCAGCAUCUCCAGAAAGUGCUGGUGGGGAAUUGGGUUUCCUGGGCCUGGGCUGUUCUAAUGGUCUCUUUGGAAAAGCUGCAGUUAUUUUGAAGUUCUACUAGGUUUUAUCUGUAACAUUAGAGAAAAAUGAUCUCUCUUUGUGUUUCAGUGUUGUAACUUGACAUACUCGUUUCUGGAAUACCAGUUUGACUUUCUUGCUUGGCUAAUGCAAUAAACAGUGUUAACAUUUAUGCAAACUCCUUAAUUGGAGACACACAGAGUCUUCCCAUCCAUUGCAAGAUGCUCCUCAGGAGAACCGGCCUGUCAGCAACGAAGACCGGGAGAUCUCACAACAUGCUCUUCCAAGUGGUGAAGAUGAAGAAGAUGACAGCGAUAGCGACAGUGACGAUGACGACGUGAAGGUUACUAUUGGCAAUAUUAAAACGGGAGCACCAUCGUACAUGGGAACUCCUAUGAAUCUAAACUUAAAAACGGGUAGAGGCUAUGGAGCAUCUGCUUCAGCCAAGUUGCAGCCCAAAGGUAUUGACUUAGAUGCUGCAGGGAACAUAAAUGGAUUGCCUGUUAUCGAAGUGGAUUUAGAUUCAUUUGAAGACAAACCAUGGAGGAAACCAGGUGCUGAUCUUUCCGAUUACUUUAAUUAUGGAUUCAAUGAAGAAACAUGGAAAGCUUAUUGUGAAAAGCAGCGACGGCUUCAGCUUGGACUGGAUCCUGCUCCUCCCAUCAGCACUGAAAACAAGAUCACGGUUCAGCAAGGAAGAACAGGAAAUGCUGAAAAAGAAGUGGAAAACAACAUCAUCAAAACAGAAUUCAAAACAGACUUCUUGGCUCUGGUGGGAGGACGCAUGAAGGCUGGGCCUCCUCCUAAUAGGAAGCUGGGUGGGACGAUUGAUGUGAUCGGUGGCCAGGCUGGCACAAUCAGGAGAGUAGAAGGAAGGCGCCGUGAUAAACAUGCCUCUGAGGAAAACCCAAUCCAGGUGCUUGGAGACCACGGGAGUAAGCCACAACCCCCCCAGCAGCCCCAACAGCCAUCACAGCCCCAGCAGCCACCUCAGCAGCAGCCGUUCGCACCACCAGCAGGCCCACCGCCUCCUCCACUGGCUGGGCCACCUCCACCACACUUCCUCCACCCUCCUCCACCAGUUACUUCUGUUCCACCUCCCCUGCAUCCUCCAGGUCUGCCACCACCCGGUCCUAUUCCAGGGUUGUUCCCGCCUCCUCUGGCACCACCACCAGCUCUCCUCAUCCCAACCUUGGAUGGCCAGCCAGCCAGCUACAACAACAGGCAGCCACCUCCAUUCGGCUACAACUCUGCAGAUUCAGGUUUCAUCAGCUACCCACCCAUCUCCACAUCCCACACACCCUGGGUGACGACGGUGGACAAGGGCACAAGCAGUUCCAGCAGCAGCCAUUGGGAAUACUCAGGCUCAAGGCGCGAGAGGGAGCGGGAGCGGGACAGGGAGCGGGACCGGGAGCGGGACCGAGACCGCACCCCGACCACGAGUGAAUACAACAACGACGACGAGCGGUACCGCUACUACAGCCGGGAGCGCAGCUACGACUUCGAGCGCGACUACCGCCGGAGCCGCGACCGCAGCAGGGAGCGGGAGGACCGGCACCGGGAGCGCCGGCACCGCGACAAGGACGAGAGCAGCAAGCAUAAGUCUUCCAGACGGAAGCAACACGAGAGCGAGGAGGGGGAGAGUCACCGGCGCCACAAGCACAAAAAGAACAAGCGCAGCAAAGAGGAGAAGGAGACCAGUGAGGACGGUGCCCAGGAGGGAGAGGAGCAGGACACCAAGGAGUGACCCCCAGCCCUCAGGAGGAACAUCUCUGAACCAGCGUGGCGCUGGGGAUGUGUUGGGCUGGGGGUUCAUUUUGUAUUCCAUGUUUUCCAUGGGAAGAGGCAGACUCUGGGCGAGUGGAGCCGCCGCUGCAGCGGGUGAGAGCUGCAGCUCAACUCUCUUCUCUUUGGUUUGCUUUUUUGAUACAAGACCCAACCCAGCAGUUCCAGUAUACAGAGCACUGAGCUACUCCUGCCCAUCCCUAGGGAGGACUGUGGUGGAUCAGAUCCUAUGGUUUCUGAUGGAAGAUGGCUUCAGCUGAAACUAACGCAUUUAGGUGAUAGUGGUUCUUUUUUGUCAUCAUCAUCAUUCCUUUUUGAAGAAUAGGACAGCGAGUGCGACUUGAACUUUACUGUCCAAAGAGAAGUGUGACCUAGGUCCCGAGAGCCAGCUUAGAGCCUGGCUUCGAGUAGUGCAGAGUCCCAUCCCCAAAUAAAUCUCUUUAUAGCUACAA